GCUCUCGAACAAAAACUUAAGAGCAUGGUAGCACUUUUGGGCCAUUCAAAUCUGCUCCCUUUGAACUUUGAGAAAUACAAUGAGUUUGUACUCAAAUCCCCUCGGAACUAUUCAGUGAUUCUAAUGCUAACGUAUGUCCUUUCCGGAUGUGCGAUCAUUUUUAGGCUUGCGGCUGAUGAGUUCGCCAUACUUUCGAAGUCCUACACCCUCUCCAGAAAGGACAAGUAUGAAAUCUUCUUUGCAACCGCUGAUUAUGAUGAUGAUUCGGAAAUUUUUGCAUCUUUGAACCAGAAUACGGUACCGGUUUUCAUUCACUUUCCCCCUACCACUUCACCAAAGAAGGAGGAUGUUUAUGAUAUCGCUCGGAAAGGUUUAAGUGCCGAAGUCUUGGCUCAAUGGAUACUUGUUAGAACUGGUGUUCAUGUAAUUACUCGGGUUUCUUUCUUCUCGCUAUAUUGGCCUGUGUGGAUAAUAAUUUUUUAUAUGAUCUCUGGUCAAAUUUGGAAUAGCAUUCGUCGACCACCAGCGUUCCAUUCCUCUACUGAAGAAGGCCUCGUAAUUUCUGAUACAGAUUUAGGAUUUUGCGUUAGAUGUCGGAUUCAAGCAAAAGACGAGGUUUGUCGUUGUUCUGCUUUCUUGUUUCCUUUAUUUCACUUCAGCCGUUGUCUGCUUUUAUUAGCGAUGGCAGUAUUGGGGAUUGCAAUGUUUUCGAUAUUUACAAGCCUAUGCUUAUCGCUCUUCCGUAAGAAGAACCAGAGUUAUCCAUACAGGUAUGAAAUUUUGCUUAUGUAA